AAUUGGAUUAAGUUAGAGAGGGCUGUGCAAAGUCACCAGCCUUACUUUCUCCUGCAGAGCCACCUGGGUCCAGCAGCCAGAUACAUGUCAGGACGCCUUGGAGAUGGCCCAGACGUGGUGGAAGACCUUGAAAGUCUUUAGCAGGUCUCAGUUUGAUUGAGGCAAUGCCCAUUCAGUGAUUAAGGCUAGGUUAAAAAAAAAUGAGGCAAAGAAUGGCCUCUUUAACUUAGUCCAGAAAAAAAAAAUCAAUCUGGGAGGGGAAGACUCUCAAGGUUUCUGGACAAAACAAAAACGAUUCCUAUUUAUGGCUCUGUAUGGGGAGUGAAUUCAUUCCAGGUUUACAUUCACUCAAAGUCUAUGGGGCCCAAAUAAUGAUCAAGUGGGGCUUGGACUGGGACCUAUUAUUGGCCAAUCAGUGAGAGCUGGAGUGAUUUGGGCUUAAGGCAUGGUCCUUAAGGAAGAAAUCUAGCCCGUAAACCCCAACUGACUAAGGUAUAUAGAGGGAAAAUAACAGUGGGAGGAAGAAGAGAGGAGGAGGAAGAGGAGGAGAGAAGAGGGAGCUAUUAGCCUAAGGAAGAGCAUCUUGUAAUAUACAUAGUGCAAUGGAAAAAGCCCUGAAUUUGGAGUCAGGGUUCUAGCCUGGUUUCGUCAUGAAUAAAAUAAAUGUGUUAAACUAGACAAUCUCAAAGCUCCUUUCCAGCCCUAAAUCCUAUGAUUAUGUUCAAUAAUCCUCUGCCUUCCAGAAAAAAGUGAUUUUCCCCAUUGUCAUGAAUAAGAAUUUUCACACCAUUGUUUCUACUAACAGUAGUCUUUUUGGAUAGGGAUGGGGAGGUGAGAGAGAGAAGGAAAAUAUGCCCAUAAAGGGAUGGCCCAAUAAACAUCCUUUUGCAAUAAAGUAGUUAAUACAUUAUAACCAAACCACCCUUAUCAUAAAGUUGCAAAACCCCUGGGAUGCAGGUUGGCUGACUGAUUACCCAAUUACAAUAUGGUUCCUUUGGGUCAAAGUGCUUCCUGCAACAUCAUCCUGCCAAAAAUGUAAUUUUUGUAGAGGCAAUUAAUGAUGUCAAAUGUGGUCUGUCUGUAUUGGAGGAGGAAGAAGUGAAAGAAGAGGAGGGGAUGGACAAAGAGUCUCCGGAGCCUGACUGCUAGAAUCUCAGCAUCUGUCCACCCUGCUUUGGGGAUGUUAUACCACUUUAGUUUUGAAGUGUGUGGGAGGAGAGGAAGGGGGUGGAAACCAACUAUUUAUUAAUUGCUAACAUUUAUAUAGCCCUUUUCUUUAUUAUUAGUUUAUAUAUUACACAUAUACACAUAUUUAAAGUUUGCAAGGCACUUGACUUACAUUUCCUCAGUUGAUCCUUGCAACUUCUGUGAGGUAGGUAAUCCUAACCCCAUUUUACAGAUGAAAAACUGAGGCUCAGAAAAGCCAUAUAACUUGCUCAGGGUCACACAGUUAGGAAGUGUCACAAGGGGAAGUCAAACUAGGUCUUUCUGACCCCAACUCCAGUCUAUCUAUGAUACCAUACUCCCUCUUAUCUACUUACUAUCUGCAAACAGAAGGACCUGGACGAUAAGAAAAUGAAUACCUCAUGACGCCUACAAUCUAGUUGAGGAUGACACAAGAGACAGUGGGGUAUGUGCACAUGUGAGAGAACAAAAAAAAAAGUUAUAAUCAGAGUUCCUAAGGACGAAAAAUAAUUAGGAGGGAGAAUAUGACUAUUGGUCAGAUUAGUAUGGAGAGCGCAGGCAAGUAGGAGGUAGAAGACACAGUGGUAGGAGGGGCAAUCUUCUGAAAGAUUCGCACGCGCACACACAGAUACCCCACCCCCCAGGAAAGCCUUAAAAAACAACCCCACAACAGACAUACUUCUUAAGUGAGGAGGAUGCAGCGCAGUGAAUGUUCUUUCAAUGUUCUAUUUUCAAGCCUACUCCCAUGUCCCCUUCUCCUUCAUUGUACCCUCUCUCAAGAAGUCUCUCUCUUGCUUCAUCAAGUCUCCUCCCACCUGCUGCAACAACCCAGGUGCUUUGGGGGCUUUCCCUUGUGAGGUGCUAGAACUCCAGAUAAGAGACAGGUCAGAGGAAGAAGCCAACCAAAGGACAGGCUAUGACCCAGAACUGGUCUGUUGGGUGAAUGGAAUUCCUGCCAGUUUCAAAGUUCACCUUCCUUUUCUGCUUCCUACUGGGAAGAAGAAUGUACCCUUCCCAUGCCAGGGGCCCAGAGUGAUUUAUGCCCCUCUCUCCAUUCAAAAGGAACCCAUUACAUACUACAGAAUGGAAGCAAUUUAACCCACGACGGAAACACCCAUCCCUCUAUUCUCCAGGAAUAAAGAGAAGAUUAUGGAAAUCACCACAGUCCCACAGACUGUUGGUAGCCCCAGUGGAUUUAAAGACCAGCCCGGUGUUCUGUUUUCUGUGGUUGCGGGGUUGUUUGCCAUUUUCUUGGUCACUGCUCUCCUCUUCACCCUGUGGUUCUGGAAUAAACGGAAAAAAGAACGGGUACCUUACUUCCGGGUCACUGUUGUUCCCCUGGUGACGCUGUCUCAAUCCAGAGAACGAGCGAAAAACAUCUAUGGUUUUCUGCCCCAAAGCCAAGUGAGGCCUGGUCGGCGUCACUCAAGAACCAUUCGUAUUUUCAGUACGGAGAGUCUCAUUCCCAGAAAUUCAGAAAAUCCUAACUCUGAGCAUAUGUUUUCACCAACAGUGCAUGUCCUCCAGUCAUGCAGGGACAGUGUUCCUGCUGUUGGAUAUGAGGUUGGCAUCUAUGACAACACUGCGAUAUCCCAGGUCCAUAGGAACCUCAUUCCUGCAGUAGACUAUGUCAAUGUUGGAGCAUCCAUAGAAAGCAUGAGCACUUCUUCGGAGGAUUCACAGGAUUAUGUCAAUGUGCCCAAUGCCAAAGAAGUUUCCAGAAAUCCAGGUGCAAUGGACUCCUUGUGUGAGGAUCUCCACAACCCUCAAACAUCUGAGGAGAGUGAACCCAGUAUAGAAAGAGACAGUGGCACUAAGAAUGCUGAAGACUCCACCAGUAUUUGGGUUCUAGGCCUUGAGGACAGUGACUAUAAUGGGGAUGCAGAGGGCUCUUCUUUGUCCUCUAAUGACUAUGUAAACGUGCCAGGAGCAGAUAAUGAGGAGGAUCAGGGCAGACAACACUGGGUGACCUUUCAAGAUUGCCGAGCUUAUGACAAUGUCCUAUGGGCUGAGCCUAAUAGGAAAAAGCUGCAUGCAGGGGAAGUGUUGACAUCAACAAAUAGAGGAGGCAUCCUGGGUUGGACUCCCAGUCUCCCUUUUGGUGUCCAAUGUGAAGAGCCAAGAGAGAACUCGCUUGACUCCUGGGAUAAUGAGAAUAUUGAGCCAUUAGCACAGGAUGGAAAUAGCCAAGACACAUCUGCAGAAAUGGAUAGUGAGGACUCUGAUGAUUAUAUAAAUGUGCCAGCAGUGAUUGAAGAGGGGAAGCUCAACACUGAGCAUGGGACUGAGGCAAGGGCACUGACUACAGAGCAGAAGCUCACUAACCAGGAUGGAGUUUUCUAUACGUUCUUUCCUACUUCAACUUCUGUAACCACAUAGCAGUGACCAAACUCAAUGAAGGACUGAGAAUCUUUCAAUAUGAGCCAUCCAGUGAAAGGUGGAAAGAGGUGAUGGGUGAGCAAAAGCAAGAAAGAAACUGCUUUUGAGCCAUGGAGCCUGGUAGAAAGAGCAUAGACCUGUAAGCCAGGAGAACCAGGGUUGAGCUCUGGUUCUACCAAGUACACGUGUCAUCUGUAAAUUAAUUACCUCCCUGUACUUCACUUUCAUUAUCUGCCAAAUGGGCAUAGUAAUGUUGAUAUCUGGCCUACCUAUCUAAAAGAAAGUGUAGUACAGCAGAGAGCACCAUAUACUUGGUGUCAAAGGACUUAGGUCCAAGUUCCAGCCUGGCCCAAUCCCAGCAAAUCCAUACUCGUGUGUGGGCUUGGGAAAAUAACAACCUCGUAGGGCCUCAGUUUCCUCAUCUGUAAAAUGAGGGGUUGGACUACCCCACAUGAGUUUGCAAUUCAUAGUUGAAGAAGUGCUGAAGGGGUCGCAGGUGGAAAAAAUUUAAGAAGCCCUGGCUUAGAUGAUUUCUAAGGUCCCUGCCAGUUCCAAAUCUAUAAUCUUACCCUUCAAAUCUCCUGUGAGAAUGUUCUAAUAAUGGCAAAGCACUUUAUAGAGGGGUAAUGCAAAUAUAAUGAAUGAUCAUUCUAAGCUAGGGACAUUGAUAAUGCCCAUCCCAGAAAACACACCGUUAACAAUGUUGCUACAACUCCAUUUGGAAGCAGUUAAGAUAUUACAAGCACACUCCAUCAUAAAAGUGCCCCAAUUAUAAUGUUUUCAGUCUCUGGCUCCUAAUCUCCAUUUCUCACCGAAGCUGCUCCAGUUUUACUGUUUCAUCCAAACCUCGGUUUUCAUGGACUCAGUUAAAGAUAUUAGGUGGGUCUACCCACGUGUAGAAGUCUAGGCAAGGUCAGAAGCACUAAGCUAGGGGAAAGUUUUCAUUUGGUCCAUUCGUAUGAUCGUACGCUCUUCUUGGGAAGGAGCUAAACUAGAAAAGGGCCCGAUCUGUGAACCAAGAUCAAAGGCACAGAAUUCUACAUACCUUCCCGCUCUGCUAUUGACUUAAGCAAAUUUAAGUCAUUCUGUGUCUUAGUUGCUUAUCUGUAAAGUUAGGGAUAACAAAGAAGAUGUGUUUGUAAUCACAUUGUAUAUGUCAAUAUACACAUAUUUUUCACGUUUUCACAUAUAUAUUCCAUCUCCCUAACUGGAUUGUAAUUUUAUUGAGGGCUGAGACCCUUUCAUAAUUUCUUUGUAUCAUCCAUAGCAUCUAACCCAGACCUUAUAUAUACUAAAUAUUCAAUAAAUGUUUGUUGA